AUGGCUUCAGAAGAAGCCAAAGUCCACUCUAUGGAUUUGGGCCGUAUUGUGGUGGAAGGCGACCACCAGCCCAUUACUCAAGUCGCCACCCUCACGCUCAAAGAUGGGGAUCGAGAUGAACAUCUAAUGCAGAUUCAUGUCGAUGGUAGCACAUUGGCACAAUGGGACCUCGGUAUGCUUCGAGAGCGGAAGUCCACCGGGGGCGAACAGUUCUACAGCAUUACCGAACAGAAGAUGCUCCAGUUCACACUGCCGCUACUGGAAGAGGGACAGGACAGUUUACACAGAAACAUCCUGAGAACAAUUCAACUGUUCCUCGUCAAGCACCAGGACUUCCACACCGCAGUCAGCUAUUUGUCAAAGGGUGUGGGAAUGCGACAUGUUUCGCUGAAGAACUUGGUCGCACCCAUCAUGGUUAGAGAAGUGUCUAAGCAGUCAUUCGCACAGCCUCGUUCCCGCGACUUUUCUGAGUCUUCCACAAUGCGACCUCCAAUGCGGCCUCCGAGUCAAGCCCCAUUUACCGGGUACCACAUGCAAAGUCGGGCGCAACCUAUUCAGAGACCAUUCUCUACUGCACCCCACGGGGUCUUUGUCCCUAGAGAUCCGGCUGUAGAUCCACCACGAUCAUCAAGUGCCGCCCUUGUUCUCGAACAAAAUCCACGACAAGGCUAUCACGACCCACUGAGUUUGCCUCGGGAACGUCAAGGCUUCCCUCCUCCAUACGGUCACAGCCAGCCAGGAUUAUUGUCCAGAAGGGAUCCCGGCGUGGCAGGUGUUGGAGACAUGACGCAUCUACAUCAACGUCCUGUGCAUCGUGCCCCAAUGGCCAAUUUCAUGCCUCAAGGUCGCCUCGCACAACUCAACGGUCGCGGCGUUUCCUAUGGCAGUGUGUCUCGGGGAGAGUCCGUAAGCCUGGCAGGUCGUGUCCCAUCUCCAGCAUCUAGUGCUAGGAGCUCGGGAACCUACCACUUCAGUCAACGCCACUCAUCGACUGCGCCCUCCGAAGACAUGAGUUCACGAUCUCGCGCCGCCUCAGCGGGCGGAUUUCCCAUCAGGAUACAGGUUCUCGACCCUUCUAAUGAGCUGAAAUAUCCAUAUCGCCAGCCGAAGACACGUUGGGAGUUUACGUUGAGUCUUCUACCCGAGACAAAGAUGUUUGAAGUCUGUCUCCACGCCGCUCAAUACAUGAGUCGCAAUUUCCACACCAUCGUGGAUGGCAGAGAGCUGGCUGCACAGAGCAGGGAUGGAACUAUCCUCGAGGAUCGAGAAAGCCUCUCAGAGGACGUUUUACGAGGAGAAACACUCUUCUUAAUUGAGCGCAGACUGUUGGAUAUGGACCAUCCCUCCACCUCGCAAGUUACCCUUCGCAUCAGCCACCGCAGCCUCUUCGCCGAGGCCACCAAGCUCAACAGCUCCAACUCGUCCUCCUCUAGGUGA